AUGGCUUUCAAGUUGGUGAUCCUGGUGUGCGCCAUCGCUGCGACACAAGCUGGUAUUGUCGCACCUGUGACAUACACAGCGCAUCCUGCGACGUUCGCUUAUGCUACCGGCCCUGUGGUACAAGCCGCGCCGGCGGUCUACUCUAAUCCAAUUGCUAAAGUCGCCGCAGUUGCUCCAGUAGCGAAAGUCAUUGAAGAUUAUAACGCACACCCCCAGUACAGCUUUGCGUACAACGUGCAAGAUGGCAUUACGGGAGACUCCAAGUCUCAGCACGAAACUCGCGAUGGUGACGUAGUCCAGGGUUCUUACUCGGUUGUCGAUCCCGAUGGCACUAAGCGUACAGUUGAUUACACUUCGGAUCCUCAUAAUGGUUUUAACGCUGUUGUUCACAAGGAGUCCUUUGGUGCCCCAAUCGCUAAGGUUGCUGCCCCAGUGGUACACGCUGCUCCAGUGGUACAUGCUGCUCCAGUGGUACACGCUGCUCCAGUGGUACAUGCUGCUCCCGUCGCGUAUUCCGCUCCUAUCUAUCAUCACUAA